UUCUGAUUUCGUUACGAGUCCGGUAUUGACUGCGGAAUACGAUCGUUUACAAUCGGGUUUUGAAAGACAGUGAUCCUGCAAUUCCACCACAUUGAAGUGUUAAUGAUUUAAAAAUAAAACGCAUACUGAUUAAACAAAGGGCAGUGCAAAAUUCAUUGCAAUUUUCUGGGAAAAUUAUUCAAUACUGUUAUCAACUAACUACGAUAACCCUCUGAACUACAAUCGAAUACCAGAAACCGUAAGCUUAUACCCUUAACAGUUGAUGACAUGAUAGCGAAGCAGCGCAUUAUACUUACGAGUCUGGUGGGUUUAUUUCUCGCCACCUUUGGCAUAGUUUAUGUGUUUAAUUUGGAGCGCAUACAGCGUUUCACGCUGAAAUGGCUUAUGGUGCUCCGGCCCGGUUCAAUGAUAACAAACCUCUGGGAGAAUCCCAGUUUGGAUAUAACGGUUGAUAUUUAUCUGUUCAAUUGGACGAAUGCGGCUGAUUUUAAAAAUAAUAGCAUUAAGCCGCAUUUCGAGGAGCUGGGACCCUACACCUUCACAGAGAAGAUGCAGAAGCAGAACAUUGUGUGGCACGAUGAGAACUCGACAGUUUCCUAUUUUCGUAAAAGCAGUUUCUACUUUGACGAGGCGGCGAGUGUUGGGAACUUGACUGAUCCUGUAGUGGCCCCCAACAGCCUGGCUGCUGGGGUUUACAAUAAGAUACAAAACUGGAGUCCUAUGGUGCGUUCGGCCUUGGAUCUUGGCCUGAAGAUAUAUGGUAACGAUAUCACGAUUGUACGUCCGGCUAACGAUUGGCUGUUUAAUGGAUUCGACACACCUCUCAUCAAAAUGAGUAAAUUACUGCCCAGCAGCAUAAUUCCGGAGCUGCAGUUCCCGUACGAACGCAUGGGCUACGGCUAUCCCCGUAAUGGCAGCACGGAGGUCUACGGCCAUCAUAAUGUAUAUACGGGUCGCGAUGAAUUCAGCAAGCUGGGCCAAAUAGCGCGCUGGCGUUACGAUACUGUGGCCGGGGGUCAUACAAAAUGUGGGCAUAUUAAAGGUAGCACAGGCGAGUUCCAUACCAUACCUUUGAAGCAGGGUGAACCAAUAUCGUAUUUUCUGCCCGAUCUUUGUCGAGAACUGUAUGUUGACUAUGCCGGUACCACAGUAUAUGAGGGAAUCCACGCCUAUGUGUACAAGGGUACUGCCAGAAAUUUAGCCAAUGGCACUGAUAAUCCCGAUAAUAGUUGUUACUGUUCUGACGACUGCCAGGAAGUUCCCUCUGGUUUGUUGAACAUCUCAGCCUGCUGGUACAAUGCUCCGGUAUUCUUCUCUUAUCCCCACUACUACCAAGCCGAUCCCUACUACGUUAAUCAGGUGGACGGUUUGAAGCCGGACAAAGAUCGGCACGAGAUGACUCUUAUAUUAGAGCCAAAGACGGGCAUGUUACUGGAUAUCCGAGCACGCGUUAUGAUCAGUCUGUUAGUGGAACCGUGGAAGCAUUCAACCAUGUAUCGCAAGUCUCGACGCACCUUCUUUCCACUCGUCUGGGCCGACUACAAUCCCCACAUUACACCAGAACUAUUGGGCUACUUAAAACUGUUGUCGCUGUCCGAAGUUCUGGGCAAGGUCUGUGGACUUAUCUGCGUAGCCAUCGGGGUAAUCAUGUUGCUGUGGUAUCCGCGCCAGAUUUACUGGCAGAAGCAACUCAUGCGCAGAAUAGAGUUAAGUAAUUUGGAGAAUCGUGCGCAGACGGCAGCGCGAUCAGAUCAGUUUAAAGCCCAUGCAGAGGCUUCACCGCUCCUCGUCGGUCUUCAAUAUAUGGCCUCGUCCAAGGAGGGGAACAGUACUGCAAGCUGAGCUCAACCGAUUUACAUUAAGAAGUCCAGUGUCAUUCCCAUGUGAUAGGUCGCAAUAGACGCGACAUUUUCCAUGUUGUGUUUAGGGUUAGUUUAGAAUAUUAAGUGUUUGGGGGUUAUCUCUUAAGACUUUGUUUUUGGUCCGUCGUAGUCCGUAAUCUAAUACAUACACCAUUUAACUUGAUCUGAAUCAUGCCAUAAAUAUGUACAUACUCGUAUAUUCUUCAAAUGAAUUUUUAUGGAAAACUGAUAAGCUGAUAAGUUGAUUCGAGUGGGCACAGUACGCCAAGAUAAGAGGCGCUCCCGGCCAGGGAAUGGGCGAGAGAGCAACCAACCGAGCGUUAACGAAACCUUUCAAGUGCUCACAGAUACCGGAAAUAUUUUGUAUAAGUACACAGUGCAAUACAUAUACAUAUAAUGGCAUUUUAGUUAUUAAAUCAUGUAAGCAGCAUACAAAUUGAACGAGUUCUAAAUGUAAGAUCCAAUAUGAGAAAGUUAAUCUAAUGUUAAAAAGUUUGUAGCUUAAGAGAUCUAGAAACGGAAUUAAUAAGUAUAUAAACAACACUUUAAAAAUGUUAAA